CUAUAUUUGUUUUAAACUUGCUAGACCUAAUGAAUACACUCAAAGCAAACUAAAAAAAAUAAAAUGUUAAAGGUCAUUUUGGAGAAUGUAAAACCAAUAACCGUAUAUUACAACACAAACCAUCAGGUUUUUCUCAUAAAUCCAGUUGUUGGUCCAAAUAUGGGAAUAAGAAUAUUCCAUCAGUGUGGUCCAAGCUCCUCCCUCUUCCCUCCUUCCAUCUUUUGCUCCCUUCCUUCUCCACUUGGACCAUCAGGAGCCAAACCAGCCGGAGGAUGUUGUCAUCUCUCUCCUCCUGCUCUGGCCCGCCUCCACCUGACCAGACAGCGACCUCUGACUCCCGGCACAUCACCAUGGAAACGUACUGGCGAGAGGUCCAAAGCAUUGAAGAGGAACGGGAGGGAGAUGAGGAGGAGGAAGAAGAGAGGAAGAGUAUGGACGGUAGAGGUGGAGUUGGAGGAGGCGUGGCUAACAGAGGCGGGGUUAUCGUCGUUGGUGACGGGCUUGACGUUGGAAGAGGCUCCGCCACCGGCCGAGGCGCUCCUGUCCACGCUGACGCACCAACAGGCCGCCACCGUCAAGGCGAGACUGGACAAUUACAAGCACACCAUGAGGGAAAGGAACAGACCAAUCAGGGACGUGCGAGACGUUUUUGCGUCGGACUCGGAAGCAAGCCCCGCCUCUCCCAGUCAGUGCACGGAGUCGCCGCCGAGUCGCUACCAUACCACCACCAAAACUAUUCGCCGCAACACAACAUCAGUGCGACCCAGGCUUCCCAAUUGUUAUCUACCUGACGACACGCUAUUCCCCGCUAACACGCCGCCCUCUUUCACGCACACUUCAUCGCCUGCCCCCGGCCAGGAGAGGCAUGCUGAUUGGCUGGUGCGUGACUGUCCCUACUCUGAAGGUGUGGCUGAGCAUAAAAGGGGCAUGGCGCAUUGUUGGGAUUGCCUGCGUUUCCAGGGAGAGGACAGCAAAGACACGCCAUUUGUCUGUCCACCUCAAGGGGUCACUCUGGCAGACGACCUGUCCUCAGGUGACUUGAAGCGACUGGGCUUCAUCUGCCACAUCGAGCUCUCCACCUUCCUGCAGGCUUUGGGCGUGCAAACCAAACGCACCCGGCCGACACGCUCCAGGGGCUGGGACGGCGCCGUCUUUGGCGUUGCUCUCAACACGCUGUUGGAAAACGACAGGAGGAAGUUGCCGGGGGUCAAAGUUCCAGUUGUCUUUCAGAAGUUGUUGAGUGUUUUAGAGCAGAGUGGCUUGCAGACAGAAGGUAUACUCCGGGUGCCAGGAUCAGCUGCUCGACUCAAGUACCUGCGCAGAGAGCUAGACAGGUGUCCAGAGGGGUUCGACUGGUCCAAAGUGAGGCAGGUAGACGCUGCUGGUCUGCUCAAGCUUUUUAUCCGAGAGCUGCCGACUCCUCUGCUGACACACACACACCUGCCGACCUACCAGGCUGUACUGGGUGUGUCAUCAGCGGUUCACCAGGUUCAGGCGCUGCAGAUGUUGUCGUUGUUGCUUCCUGAGUCGCACAAAGAAACUCUGAGAGCUCUGCUGGUGUUCCUCAGUAAGGUUGUCUCCCAUCAGGAGCAGAACAGGAUGUCUCUCUGGAAUGUCUCCAUGGUCAUGGCGCCCAAUCUUUUUGCCCGCCAUCACCGUGGUAACAAGCGCUCCUUGGCCAAGCAGCAGGAGGAUAUGGAGGAGGCGGUGGGCGGAGCCGACCUGGUACGUCUGAUGGUGGUGAACCAGGACGUCUUGUGGACGGUGCCCAACUUCCUGUUGGCGCAGCUGAGACAAAUGAAUAAAGCGUCCAAUCACAAACUUGGGCUGCCACGUCCUGGACGUCUGCUCAGGAGCAGAAACGACAAAAACAAGAAGCAGGUCACAGAGCUGUGUGACGGCGUCAUCAAGGUUCACGCCCCUCUCCACACUAAAGUUUCCAUGGCGAUACAACUUGACAGACAGAUGAGAGCCAGAGAUGUCACAGCUCACUUUAAGUGUGACAACAGUGGCGUCCAGCGCCUCUACGAAGUUGGAGGAAACAUCGGCGAGCGUCGUCUUCACCCGGAUUGUCUCCUUUUGGACGUUUACCACGUCAACCCUCGCUGCGAUUGGCUGAUCAAGCACUGACACGCCCACUUUUGAUCCUCUCAUGAUGUUGUGUUGGUUCUUGCUGCUAAAAAGUGUCGUUUUCUACACUAUGAAUCCAAUCCAAUAAC